AUGUUCCGCACAGCCGUCCUCCGAUCCGCCGCCUCCGCCGCCGCGCGCAGGUCUGUCGUCGCCACCACCAGCCGCAGCUUCUCCUCCGUCGUCUCGAGACCUGCCCUCGCCAGCAAGGCCGUGGCCCCUAUCUCGCGCGUCGCCAGCUGGACCACCGUCCGGUGCUAUGCUGCCGGCUCGGGCUUGAGCAAGGAGGACGUUGAGGGCCGGAUCACCAGCCUGCUCGCUGGUUUUGAUAAGGUCAACGAUCCUAGCAACAUCAAGCCCACCGCACACUUCGCCAACGACCUGGGUCUGGACAGCUUGGACACUGUUGAGGUUGUGAUGGCUAUCGAGGAGGAGUUCAGCAUUGAGAUCCCCGACAAGGACGCAGAUGCCAUUCACUCCGUCGACAAGGCCGUCGAGUACAUCCUGAGCCAACCCGACGCUCACUAA